UUAAGCGGGAUAUACGCGGGGCCUAGUUUUUAAUAUUUUUUAUUUUAUUUAAUAAUUAAAAUUAAAUAUAUAACUUAAAUAACAUUAUAAUGUGAUAAUUUAUAUACACUCAAAUUUAUAUCAAUAACUAACUUUAAUAAAAUCAAUUUUAAAAAAUAUAUAUGUAUAUAAACAGGUCUAGACAAUAAAUAAGGAAUUAAUUAGAGAUUAGUUUUUGUACUUUUAUUAUAAGUAUAUGCGUAUAUAUAUUGACAUAUGCGUAAAACGUCAAAGGGUUGAUGUCUCCAAGUGGUCAAGACCACUUCUAUCACGCCUGGGCAACCUGAGUUCGAUACCCCAUCUGUGCAAAAUAUUUGUUUUCGCAUUAUAAUGUUAAGGCACAAGAGUCCCACAUCGGUUACACAAAAAAAAGGAAGAGAAAUACGACUCUAUAUAUAUGUCUUCUACAUGAGAUGUGUUUGUUAAGAUAUCGGGCUUCAGUAAAGCCCAAAGAUAUCACUAUUAAAUAAAAUUUUGGGCCGAUUAGUUAGUUUGACGGGCCGACUAAUCGCUUUAUUGGGCCGAUUAGUCUGUUUUUGGGCCGACUAACUGGUGUCCGAUUUUAUUGACCGAUUUGGUCAAAAUCGCAGCAGUAGUGGUCCGAGUAGCGACUAGGCGGACGCCUAAGCGGCUAGGCGCCCGCGUUUUUGAACAGGGGUUCUAAGUAACAGCUGGUGAUUUUUUUCUCUCAUUUGAAUGUUUUUUUCUUUAUUGGCAUCCUAAGAGACUGAAGCUAUACGUUUUAUUAGCUCGUUUUAACUUUAUACUGGUGAAAUGAUGAUACUAAUAAGUUUCUCUUUUUGUAAAUCAAUUUUGAUUAUAGCGUGGAACUGUGAGUUUUGUGGCAUAUGGCUGAAUUGCUAAGAUUGUAAGCUGAUUAAAGGUGAAGCUACGUUCAGUUUUGCAUUAGAAUUGUUCUUAGUUUGUUUGCUAGCUUUUAAUGUAGUAACCAUUUAUGCGUCUUCCACAUGAUAGGUUCGUUGUAACUUAGAUGAGACUAGGCCAACGAUUUCCUUUUUUUUUCUUUUUUUUUUUUGGCCAACAGUUUCCUUGGUUUAAGAAAUUUUUAGUGAAUGUAAGUAAUAUGCAUAAAAAUAAACCACCAUUUUCAAAGAAAGAUCAAAACCUUCCCAAAAGAAAUAUGCAUAUUCACAUAAAAAGAAAACCAACAGUGCCCUAGUAUGGGCUUACUAAUAGCAGCUAUAAAAAUAGGUCUCAACAUCUGGUACCAAUUCAGCUCUUGAGACAUAAGACCAUCCGCAUUAGCGGAUUAUAACAGGUUCAUGGGCUCGGUUUCUUAGGCCCGGUGGAUUAAAAAAAAAGGAAAAAAUCGAUUAGUUUGAUGAAACGGGCCUUGCGCAUGAACCCGUAAGGGGCGGAUGUUGCCACGCGGCGUACACUAGUAGGUCUAGCGUUCCGCGUUGACGAGGAGGAAAGUCGGGCCAUGUCUUGUUUCUUCUCAUUUUCCCCUUUCUCUGAUAAAACUAGGGUUUCACCGUGAGAGGCGACUUUUCGUGCGACGACGAUUCCCGGCGAUUUUGUCGACGUAAUCGACGACGACCUCUUCUCUCCACCAGCGUAGAUGGAUCCGGAAGAAGAUAGAAGACAUUCAAAGAAGCAACACGAACACAUCAACAUGUUAAGUUUCGUGGCGGAUUCUGAGUACGGUAUUCCUAAAAGGUGUCCGUGUGGUGGGAGACUCAUAAACGAGGUGCGCGGGAAGGAGGACUACGACACUCUUCCUGGGAAGCGGUUCUUCACCUGCAGAAACUACGAGGCUGAUGGGCUCCAUUAUCGUCAGCCUUGGGUGAUAGGUGUGCAGGAGGAGCUGGAGAGGCUAACUAAACGGGUGGAAGAGGCUGAGGAGGUGAUGCUGGGGGUGUCCAAUCUUGGUAAACGGUUUGAGAGACUUGAGGAACAGGUUAAUUCACUGAAUGAGGCUGUCUAUGACCUCACUGUGCAGGUCCAUUCCCUCGAGAAGGUCUGCUUCGAUUGACAAUGAAAGGUCACGGGUUGGAGGUGACAGUGUUGCAGGUCACGGGUUGGAUGUUUAGGUUGUUUCAGGUCACGGGUUAUGUUUCUUUCUACACUGCAGGUCACUCAUGUACUAUGUCUAUGUAUUUUGCUAUUGUUGUAACUCUGAACUUGAUUCACGGAUGUACUAAACCAGAUCACGGAUAUGCUAUGUUGUAACUCUAUGUCUCUCUAUAUAAAUGAUGUCUCUACUCUCUGCUUUUUAAUCAAAGUUAUCUUCUAUUUC